AUGGCUAUCAUUAACGAAGAAUGCUACGACGUGUACCAUCAUCUGUUAGCGCACCUCGACACGUUGGUGAGAGCCUUGACGUUGGGUGAGAAAACUAUUGAGGACGUCGUGAACCUCUGUGUUCACGACGCCCAUCAAGGUGCACUCAAGGCAUGCCGUGAAGUCUUACCAAACGUGAGGAACGCGCGUUGCUACUUCCACUUGACUAAGAACCUGAAAGAUAACAAAGGCACUCUCGGUGAAGGCUUCGAUAUAGUGAAACGAAAUAAGUACUGGUUACAUGCAGCUCCCACCGAUGCCUUGUACGAGUUGAUCUCCGAUACCAUGGCCGAGGUCGUUAGUGAUAUUUCUCCUCAAGGGGGAGAAUAUUUGAGGAAGACACUAGACACCGAACAAUAUGGCUAUCCAAAUAUAGCCAUAACGAAUGAAGGUGUUGUUGGAACUCAGGUCUUGACCAACAUCGUCGAGUCCUUUCAUAAAACACACACACGGAUAAUAGGGAGUAAACGACUAAACAUAUCUGCUUUCGCGGCGAAAAUUCGCAAGGUUAUAGUGUCUCUCAAACUCUCGAGCUCUCAACAUUACGUUAAGAGACCCGAGCCUAUCAACGCGGUCGAGUAUCAGAAUGAUAUGAAACUUCGAGGAACCAAGUUUCAUCAACGAGGAUGCGUUACUGAGGUCACGACUGUGGUCACUGAUUUAAUUGAGAGACAGCAUGCCGAUGCCGAAAUGAGAGAGAGGACUGAACUCUUCCUCCGAGGCAUUUUGCUGGAUGAGUUAGAAGAAGGUUCGACUGCAAAUGACAUCUCUUCGGGAAUUUUUUACUUGCAGAUGGCGAUCUGA